GAGAAUUGGAUCAGGAGUUGAAGCAGGUUACAAGGAUGGUUUGGGGACUUCUGGGAGAAUGGGGAUGGGGGGUGAGGCAGGGUAUGGGGAUGGCUUAGGAGGUCCUGGGAGAAUUGGAUCAGGGGGUGAGGCAGGUUAUAAGGAUGGUUUGGGGGAUUCUGGGAGAAUGGGGAUGGGGGGUGAGGCAGGGUAUGGCGAUGGCUUAGGAGGUCCUAGAAAAAUGGGGUCAGGGGCUGGGGAAGGUUAUGGGGAUGGCUUAGGAGGUCCUGGGAGAAUUGGGUCCGGGGGUGAGGCAGGGUAUGGGGAUGGCUUAGGAGGUCCUGGAAAAAUGGGGUCAGGGGCUGGGGAAGGUUAUGGGGAUGGCUUAGGAGGUCCUGGGAGAAUUGGGUCCGGGGGUGAGGCAGGUUAUAAGGAUGGUUUGGGGGGUUCUGGGAGGAUGGGGAUGGGGGGUGAGGCAGGGUAUGGGGAUGGCUUAGGAGGUCCUGGAAAAAUGGGGUCAGGGGCUGGGGAAGGUUAUGGGGAUGGCUUAGGAGGUCCUGGGAGAAUUGGGUCCGGGGGUGAGGCAGGUUAUAAGGAUGGUUUAGGGGGUUCUGGGAGAAUGGGGAUGGGGGGUGAGGCAGGUUAUGGGGAUGGUUUAGGAGGUCCUGGAAAAAUGGGGUCAGGGGCUGGGGAAGGUUAUGGGGAUGGCUUAGGAGGUCCUGGGAGAAUUGGGUCAGGGGGUGAGGCAGGUUAUAAGGCUGGUUUGGGGGGUUCUGGGAGAAUGGGGGUGGGGGGUGAGGCAGGGUAUGGGGAUGGCUUAGGAGGUCCUGGAAAAAUGGGGUCAGGGGCUGGGAAAGUUUAUAGGGAUGGCUUAGGAGGUCCUGGGAGAAUUGGAUCAGGGGGUGAGGCAGGUUAUAAGGAUGGUUUGGAGGAUUCUGGGAGAAUGGGGUCAGGGGGUGAGGCAGGUUCUAAGGAUGGCUUGGGGGAUUCUGGGAGAAUGGGGAUGGGUGAUGAGGCAGGUUAUGGGGAUGGCUCUGGAGGUCCUGGAAAAAUGGGGUCAGGGGUUGGGGCAGGUUAUAGGGAAGGCUUAGGAGGUCCUGGGAGAAUUGGGUCAGGGGGGGAGGCAGGUUAUGGGGAUAGCUUGGGGGAUUCUGGGAGAAUUGGAUCAAAGGGUGAGAUAGGUUAUAAGGAUGGUUUGGGGGGUUCCAAGAGAAUAGGAGAAGGUGGUGGAGCAAGUUAUGGUGAUGGCUUGAGAGACUCUGGGAGAAUUGGGUCAAAGGAUGACGCAGGUUAUAGGGAUGGUUUGGGGGGUUCUGGGAGAAUGGAGAUGGGGGGUGAAGCUGGUUAUGGGGAUGGCUUAGGGGAAUCUGGGAGAAUGGGGAUGGGGGGUGGGACAGCUUAUAAGAAUGGCUUAAUGGGUUCUGGGAGAAUGGGGGCAGGGGGUGAGGAACAUUAUAAGGAUGGCUUGGGGGUUUCUGGAAGAAUUGGAUCAGGGGAUGAGGUAGGUUAUGGGGAUGGUCUGGGGCAUUCUGGGAGAAUGGGAACAGAGGAUGAAGCAGGUCAUGGGGAUGGCUUAGGGGAUUCUGGGAGAACUGGGUCAAAGGGUGAGAAAGGUUAUGGGGACGGCUUGGAAGGUUCUGGUAGAAUUGGGUCAAGGGCUGAGGCACGUUUUAAGGAUGGUUUGGGGGGUUCUGGCAGAAUGGGGAUGGGGGGUGAUGCAGGUUAUGUGGAUGGCUUGGGAGGUUCUGAGAAAAUGGGGCCAGGAGGUACAGGUUAUAGGGAUGGCUUGCGAGGUCCUAGAAGAGUUGGGUCAGGGGGUGAGGCAGGUUAUAAGGAUGGUUUGGGGGGUUCUGGAAGAAUGGGGAUAGAGGGUGAGGCAGGUUAUGGAGAUGGCUUGGUAGAGUCUGGAAGAAUUGGGUCAGGGGGUGAUGCAGGUUAUAAGGAUGGUUUGGGGGGUUCUGAGAGAAUGGGGGCAAGGGGUAAAGCAGGUUUUGGGGAUGGCUUGGGGGAGUCUGAGAGAAUUGGGCCAAGAGGUGACAAAGGUUAUAAAGAUGGUUUGGGGAUUUCUGGGAGACUUGGGUCAGGGGGAGAGGCAGGUUAUAAGGAUGGUUUGGGGGUUUCUGGGAGACUUGGGUCAGGGGGAGAGGAAGAUUAUAAGGAUGGUUUGGGGAGUUCUGGGAGACUUGGGUCAGGGGGAGAGGCAGGUUAUAAGGAUGGUUUGGGGAGUUCUGGGAGACUCAGGUCAGGAGAUGAAGCAGGCCCUAGGGAUGGUUUGGAGGGUGCUAGGGGACUGGGGUCAGGAAGUGAGGCAGAUUAUAGGGGAGGCUUAGGAGGAUCUGGAGAAAUGGUGGGCUACAAAGAUGCUUCAGGGACGUUCAGAGUAAUGGGCACACAGGCUGGAGUGGGAUAUGAAGGUGGGCCCAGGAGCCAAGAAAUCAUAAAGCAUGCUCCAGGCCAAGAAGGGGCUGGUCAGUGUCAAGACCCACGGUUCCUAGAUAGCAAAUUUUCAGGUCUUGGAAGGGGCAGAUCUACUGGCUCAGGGGACUCAGGCAUCCUGGAUAAGGGGAAUUUCACUGAUAGGGAGAAGAGUCUCACCCAAAAACCUGGGGAUUUAGGGCCUCGGGGAGCCUGGAAUCGUCUAGAUGGUCCCUUGGGCGGAAAAGACUCUAUGGACAGAUCAGGGGGUAGCCAGGGCCUGGGCUUUCAGCUAGACAAAGGGCAAAGAGGAGAAAGAGGGUCCCUGGGAUAUCAGGGGUCCCUGGGGGCUGAGAAUGACAGAGCCCAAGGUCCAGGGACCCUAAAGGAGUAUGAGAAAUGGGGAGCAGAAGAGUCUGGAGGGUCAGACAGAAGGCCUGGCCAGUUCAGCAGGUCUCAGAGAUGGUUGGGGGUGGAGGCUGGAACAGCAAAGGGAAGGGGAACAGACAAGGCCAGAGCCUCGGGGCAGCCACUGGGAGGAGAGGACCGAGAGAGCAGAAGGGUGACUCUGCACGAAGACCAGAGUUGGGAGCCCCUAAGUCAUCUCGGCAGCAGGAGAGGUGGCCUGGAGAGCAGGUCAGACAUCUGUGGUCAGGGGAGGGACGCCACCCAGAGUCCCAGAUCCAGACACAAGCCUGGCACUGACGGUUUCUCCAAGGAGGCCCAAGGCCCCAGGGGCUACUUCUCCCAGGGCCUGGCUGACACGGAAGUGCAGCAGGGAGAGGCUGCUGUGCUCUCCUGUACCCUCACCCGCGACCUGGGCCCCGGUGCCUGGUUUAAAGAUGGAGUCAAGCUCAGUACCCAGGAUGGAGUCGUCUUUGAGCAAGAUGGUCUCGUGCACAAGCUCCUCAUUGCCCAUGUGCAGGGGACCCAGGCUGGGAGGUACACCUUUGUAGCCGGCAACCAGCGGAGCGAGGCCACCCUGAGUGUCCACGAUCGCCCCGUCAUCGCUGCUGAUGUGACAGAGAAACUGAGAGAGCCUCUGGUGGUCAAGGCUGGGAAGCCGGUGACGGUGAAGAUCCCCUUCCAGAGCCGCCUCCCAGUUCAGGCUUCCUGGAAGAAGGACGGGACCGAAGUGGUGGACAGCGGCCGCCGCCAGGGGGCGCAGGUGGCCCUGAGGGAAGGCUUCACGCGGCUGUGCCUCCCCAGCGCCGGCAGGAAGGACGGUGGCCGGUACCGCGUGACACUGAAGAGCGAAGGCGGCUCUGUGCAGGCUGAGAUCACCCUGCAAGUUAUAGACAAGCCCCAGGCCCCACAAGGUCCCCUGGAGGUAGAGGAUCGCCGGGGGGCUGGUGUCUGCCUCCACUGGCGGCCCCCAAAGGACGACGGGGGCCGGGCCGUGGAGCACUACGUGGUGGAGAGGCGGCAAGCCGGCCGGACCGCUUGGCUGAAGGUGGGCGAGCCCCCUGCCGGCAGCACCACCUUCACCGAUGCCCACGUGGAGCAGGGCAGGAAAUACACCUUCCAGGUGCGAGCUGUGACCUCUGAGGGGGCUGGGGAAGCCUUGGAGUCCACAGAGGUGCUGGUGGCUCCUGAGGCUAUCCCCGGGCCCCCUUCAAGCCCAGCCAUCCAGUCGGCCUCCAGCCAGGGCAUCACGCUGACGUGGACGGCACCUCGGGGCCCUGGCAGUGCCCACAUCCUGGGCUACCUGAUUGAGAAGCGCAAGAAGGGAAGCAGCGCCUGGACAGCAGUGAAUGCCCAGCCCGUGCCUGAGAGGAGGUGGACCGUGGCAGACGUGCGACAGGGCUGUCAGUAUGAGUUUCGGGUCACAGCUGUGUCUCCCUCUGGCCCCGGAGAGCCUGGGCCUCCAUCGGAUGCCGUCUUUGCUCGGGAUCCCAUGAGACCCCCCGGGCCUGUGCGGGACCUCCAAGUCACAGACACAUCGCACACUAGCAUCACCUUGAGCUGGGCCCAGCCAGACACGCAGGAUGGGGAUACAGCCCAGGGCUACGUGGUGGAGCUGCGUGGCUCAGACAGUCUGCAGUGGAGCCCCUGCCACGAGGGCACUGUGCCAGUCACCAACUUCACUGCCAAAGGGCUUCGGCCCCAAGAGAGCUACUUCGUGAGGGUGACAGCUGUCAAUGAUGGAGGCCGUGGCCAGCCCACCUCCCUGGACACGUUAGUGCAAGUCAUGCCCGUUGCUGUCCGUCCCAAGUUCCUGAUGGACUCCAGCAGACGGGACUCGCUGAUGGUCAGAGCUGGGGAGACCAUCCGUGUGCCUGUCUCCUUUGAAGCUGUCCCCAUGCCUGAGGUGACCUGGCUGAAGGACGGCUUGCCCUUGCUUAAAAGUAAUGUGACCUCCACCAAGGAGGGCCUCACCCAGCUUCUGAUUCCUGUGGCCAGCUUCUCAGACAGUGGCGUCUACACCGUGCUGCUGAGGAGCCCGCAGGGCACAGAGGCUCUCUACCGCUUCUCCCUCAGGGUGGCAGCGUGUCCGAAGGCACCUGGGCCCAUCCGCCUGCAGGAGAACGUGCCCGGGACAGUGACGGCCGAGUGGGAGCCCUCUCCAGAUGAGGCUGGGGGUGUCCCCCUGUACUACGAGGUGCUGACACGCUCCUCCAUGCACGGGCCCUGGCGCCAGGAGGCCGACCGCGUGCACACCAACCACUUCACCCUCCUGGGCGUGCUCCCCGGUCGCGAGUACCAUUUCCGGGUGGUGGCCAAGAACGAGCUGGGGGCCAGCCUGCCCUCGGACACCAGCCAGCCCUGGUGUAUCCCCCGGCAGCGAGACAGGUUCACGGUGAAGGCUCCAAGCUACCGGGAGCCUAACCUGAGCCAGAAGCCCCGGUUCCUGGUGGGGCUGCGGACCCACCUGCUGCCGCAGGGUUGCGAGUGCUGCAUGAGCUGUGCUGUGCAGGGCUGGCCGAGGCCCCACGUCACCUGGUUCAAGGAUGACCAGAGCCUGGCCGGAAACCCUGCUGUGUACAGCACUGACGUGCUGGGUGUGUGCUCCCUCGUCAUCCCCAGCGUCUCCCCCAAGGACAGCGGCCAGUACAAGGCAGUGGCGGAGAACGCGCUGGGUCAGGCUGUCAGCACCGCCACCCUCAUUGUCACAGGUGAAGAAUCCAGCUCCUAACACCACCUCACCCCGGGAUAGUCCUGUCUGGCUCGACGGUUGUGGAUGAUGACAGAUUCCUGAAACUUCGCUCUUGACACCCACACUGGCCCAGAGAGACAGUCCUAAAGGAUGGAGGACACUGGUCAUGCCUGGAACCCCAGGGAGACAGGAGCGAGGAGCAGGAGGGCAUGGAGUCCUUAGGGGAAGAAAAAGAAGAAGAGGGGCGACCUUCAGCCUCUCCACCCCAAAGCCAAGUCCCUGAACGUUAACCGUGAACCUCCUCCACUCUCUCCAUGGGGGCUUCUUUCUUCUCUACUUCUUGCAAGAGAUCCGGAGUGAACCCGUCGGCCAGAGUGAGGCCCAGUCCUUGUUUUCCAGAAGCGUGUUCUUAGAAGAGCUGGGCCUGCUGUGAGCACAGGAGGGAGGAAUGAGGAGGUCAGAGGAGCUGCGUGAGGGCCAGGGGACCCAGGGGUGUCUGGAGGGUGUGCUUUCUGUACUUUUCAUCAUUAAAACAUUA